AUGAAGAAUAACAAGCCCUACCGGUGCAUAAAAAGAGUCUUCUUUCUAGCUGUCCUUGGAGUUCCAGAACUCAACGUUCACCCUACCAAGGCCCCAACCGCGAAGACUAAGAAUGGAACAUACGUUGGUCUCGCAGUUCCCCAGCUGUCUCAAGACAUAUUCCGCGGCAUUCCCUUCGCACAGGCGCCGCGGUUCGAACUUGCACAGUCGCUUAAUUCUUCUUGGAGUGGUACCCAUGAAGCAAUUGAGCCUGGCCUGACGUGCAGCGGUUAUGGCACUAAUAACCUCUUCGGUUUUGAGGUUGGGGAGGACUGCUUGAACCUAAUGUUGGACGACCUUCGGGAACUAAGGCAAAGGCAAAGUCGCCAGUGA